CCAGAGUUAAAACGUCGCAUAGACAUGCAUGACAGUCAGUUUGCACAGAUAGAUGUCCAGAUGGCGGAGUUAGACCUGAGGUUUCAGAUCCUUGAAACAGCCAGCUAUGAUGGUACAUUGAUGUGGAAGUUGAGGGACUAUGCAAGGAGAAAACAAGAUGCAGUACAAGGAAGGACACUUUCAUUGUAUAGUCAGCCAUUCUACACACACAGAUAUGGCUACAAGAUGUGUGCUCGGGCGUACUUGAAUGGAGAUGGUAUGGGAAAGGGAAGCCAUAUGAGUUUGUUUUUUGUGGUGAUGAGAGGUGAGUAUGACAACCUACUACCUUGGCCAUUCCAGCAGAAGGUGACAAUGACCUUGCUAGACCAGGAGACUGGACAGUGCAACCUUUCUGACUCCUUCAGACCAGAUCCUACAAGCAGUAGCUUCCGUAAGCCGACUACAGACAUGAACAUCGCGUCUGGAUGUCCUCUCUCGGGAUGUCCUCUCUUCGUGUCUCAUGCAGUUCUUGAAACACCGAAAUACGUGAAGGAUGACACAAUCAUGAUUAAAUUUCAAGUGGAUUUGGCAAAUCUCAAUCAUCCCUAACCCAGGCAUGCAUGAAAGUAGUGACCACCAACUUAGAGGUAAAAAAUGCCUUUCAUAACAUUAAAACUACUCUUUAACACUUUUACACUUCCUGUAAGGUGGUAUUGUCCAAGCGUCUCUUAUUAGCUCGACUUUUCGAAGAAAAAGUAGAGUUAUUGCACUCGCGUCGGCGUUGGUUAAAGUUUUUGAUCAAGUCAAAUAUUUCUGUUACUAUCAAAGCUAUUGACUUGAAACUUAAAAUAGUUAUUUACUAUCAAGGUCUGCACCAGGAGAAACAAUCCCCAUAACUCUGGUUUGAAUUUUGAAAGAAUUAUGCCCCUUUUUAACUUAGAAUUUUUGGUUAAAGUUUUUGAUAAAGUCAAAUAUCACUGUCACUAUCAAAGCUAUUGACUUGAAACUCAAAAUACUUAUUAACCAUCUAAGUCUACACUAAAAGAAACAAUCCCCAUAACUUUGAAUUUUGACAGAAUUAUGCCCCUUUUUAACUUAGAUUUUUUUUUUUAAAUUGAUAAAGUCAAAUAUCUCUGUUAUAGUGGACGCAACUUGACCCCGAUGGUUGACCUUUGUAUUAUAAUACAUAAUGAAGCACAACCUAUUAUUGAAAAGGAGUGUACGUAAAACACGAGCUGCAUGAGAAAGUGGAAAUAUAAAUUUGUGUAAUUAUAAUUUAGUGUAUUGGAAAGUUUUAACUGAUCAAAUGUAAGUAUACAUACUUUGAUAGUGCACUGUAUACAAACUAAUUCCAUAUAAAUAUACAUGGCUACCCUAAUCACCCUUUAUUUCUACAAUGAAAUAAUCGAUAUGAAUAAUCAACUAAAGGUCAACCAUCACGGUCAAGUUGCGACUACUAUACUGUUAAAGCUUUUGAAUUGAAACUCAAAAUAGUUAUAUACAAUCAAAGUCUGCACCAAGAGACACAAUUCCCAUAACUCUGGUUUGAAUUUUGGAAGAAUUAUGCCCCUUUUUAACUUAGAAUUUUUGGUUAAAGUUUUUGAUAAAGUCAAAUAUCUCUGUUACUAUCAAAGCUUUUCACUUGAAACUUAAAAUACUUACUUAUCAUCAAAGUCUACACCAGGAGAAACAAUAUCAAUAACUCUGAUUUGAAUUUUGACAGAAUUAUGCCCCUUUUUAACUUAGAAUUUUUUGUUUAAAGUCAAAUAUCUCUGUUACUUUUAAAGCUUUUGACUUGAAACGCAAAAUAGUUAUUUACUAUCAAAGUCUGCACCAGGAGACACAAUUCCCAUAACUCUGAUUUGAAUUUUGACAGAGUUAUGUCCCUUUUUAACUUAGACUUUUUUUACUGGCAAAGCUCUAAUUCAGAGUCAAGCACUGAGAAAAGUCGAGCGCGCUGUCGUACGGACAGCUCUUGUUUAAUAUCUUUUACAAUAUAUGAUAUAGGUUAGGUGGUCUGCUUUUAUGCACUGCCUGGAAAUUUUGGAUGGAAAACAAGAUGAGAACUUACAAUUUGAUAUUUUGUAUAUUCUUACAAACAUUCAUAGCAAAGGUUUCAAGCGCUGUAGUUAACAAUGGCCUUGUCACAGAAGUAAGCAAAUGUCAAAGUCGAACCUCAAAAUCAAUAGGGGUCAUCUGCUGGUCAUGAUCAACCUCCCUAUUAAGUUUCAUGAUCUUAGGCCAAAGCGUUCGGAAACGAUUUAACUGUUCCGGGUCACUGUGACUUGACAUUUGACCUACUGACCUCUUAGUCGAACAUGACCUUAUUUUAUGUCACACCUGUGUACCAAAAUUUAUGACACUUGGCCCAAGCGUUCUCAAGUUAUCAUCCAGAAACCGUGUAACUUUUCCGGGUCAUUGUGACCUUGACCUUUGACCUAUUGACCUCAAAGUGAAACUUGACCUGUAGUUUAUAGUGUUACAUCUGUGUAUCAAAAAUAAUUUAAAUCUGUCAAGCCUUUCAUGAGUUAUUGUCCGGAAACCAUAAAAACCAACCAACCGACAGACAAGCUCACUCCUAUAUACCACCCCCCCACCUCAAACUUCGUUUUUGGGGGUAUAAAAAUGAUGAAUAACAUUCUUACAACAUGUAUUAACUUGAUAAACAUUUUUAUGCCUCACUUCUUAGAAAAGUUGUUUACUCAUUACUUUACGUCAUAUAACCCACAUUAUCAAAGAGCUUCGAUUCAAUUACAUAGCAGAUGAUUCAAACAUAAAUAAAACCUUACAAACGUUAAAGAAAUUUAGCACAUGCACAAGGGUUAAAUAUUAGUUUAGAAAAGACUUAAUACAUGGCACACGCUAAAAAGGAUAACAAGAGCUGUCAGUAAGACAGCACACUCCACUAUUCGACGAUUUGACAGUAAAAUUAAGUAAAACUUUAAAAAGAAGAUACACCAAGAUAUAAAAAAAAAACCUAUUACCCAGAGGGGUUAAAAGUCAAGUAUGGGAGUACUGACAUUCUUUAUUUUGAUGGAAUUAAACUUUAUCAGAAAAACAAACAGUUCAAGAAACUACAUGCACAUAAAGUAUAUACAAGCUUUCGAAAAAAUUUAACAUGAAAAUAAUUCCAAGUAUAAAAACUUGGUGACCUUUGCCUUGGGUAUAAUGGGCCCAGCCCCUGCACAUAUAUUGUUUGUAUGCUGGACAAUGUUUAUGUGAAAUUACAGUAAUAUAUAGGCAAUAGUAACAAAGAUAUGACAGAAAAACAAAGGUUUUGUUUUGUUUUGGGUUUAACGCCGUUUUUCAACAGUAUUUCAGUUAUGUAACGGCGGGCAGUUAACCUAACCAGUGUUCAUGGAUUCUGUACCAGUACAAACCUGUUCUCCGCAAGUAACUGCCAACUUCCCCACAUGAAUCAGAGGUGGAGGACUAAUGAUUUCAGACACGAUGUCGUUUAUCAAAUAGUCACGGAGAACAUACGCCCCACCCGAGGAUUGAACUCACGACCCCGCGAUCCGUAGACCAAUGCUCUUACCUACUGAGCUAAGCGGGCGUCCGACAAAAUUUAAUGGCUUAAAAAUAGCCUAAGUAUAACACCUUGGUGACCUUGACCUUGUGUAUAAUGGGCCCAGCCCCUGUACAUACUUUGUAUGCUGGACAAUGUUUAUGGGAAGUUACAGUAAGAUAUAAGCAACAGUAACAAAGAUAUGACAGAAAAACAAAGGUUGCCGAAAAAACUUUAACCUUAAAAAUAGCCUAAGUAUAACACCUUGGUGACCUUGACCUUGGGUAUAAUGAGCCCAGGCCCUGCACAUGACAAUGUUAAUGUGAAGUUACAGUAAGAUAUAAGCAAUAAUAACAAAGAAAAACAAAGGUUGCCGAAAAACUUUAACCAAGAAAGCUCACCCCGACGCCGGGGCGAGGAGAAUAGCACCACUAUUCUCCGAAUAGUGGAGCGCUAAAAACUGUACCUAAAAGCUACAACCCUUGACACAUUUAAGUUACAACUGGCCUAACCUAGUCUAUAAUAUUUGUAUCACUAAAUCUUCACAACAGAUAUAGCUGGCCCGACACUAUCUGAAGAAAAUAUGCACUGCAAGACCUAUAUAACAGAUCAUGCUGGCCUGACACUAUCUGCAGGAAAUGUGCACUGCAACAUCUAUAUAACAUAUAAUGCUGUCCUGGUAAUGUCUGCAGAAAAGCUGCACUGCAACAUCUGUAUAACUGAUAAUGCAGGUCUGACACUGUCUGCAGGAAAGGUGCACUGCAACACCCAUAUAACAGAAAAUGCUGGCCUGACACUGUCUGCAGGAAAGGUGCACUGCAUGACCUAUAUCACAAAUAAUGCAAGCCUAACACUAUCUGCAGGAAGGGUGCACUGCAAGACCUAUAUAACAGAUAAUGCUGGCCUGUCACUUUCUGCAGGAAAGGUGCACUGCUAGACCUAUAAAACAGACCAUGCAAGCCUGACACUAUCUGCAGGAAAGGUGCACUGCAAGACCUAUAAAACAGACCAUGCAAGCCCGACACUAUCUGCAGGAAAGGUGCACUGCGAGUCCUAUAUAACAGACCGCAGGAAAGGUGCACUGCAAGACCUAUAUAACAGAUAAUGCUGGCCAGACACUGACUGUAGGAAAGGUGCACUGCAACACCUAUAUAACAGAUCAUGCAAGCCUGACACUAUCUGCGGGAAAGGUGCACUGCAACACCUAUAUACCAGGGAAUGCAAGUCUGACACUGUCUGCAGAAAAUAUACAAUGCAACACCUAUAUAUCAGAUAAUGCUGGCCUGACACUGUCUGCAGAAAAUAUACAAUGCACUGCAAGACCUAUAUAACAGAUCAUGC